GUUCUUAGACAGUUCCCGUAUAACGACAAAAUGGCGGUCGCUGUUGUGUAAUGAAAGAAAAAAAACGCUCAUAUUUUCUUUCUUUUAUGUGCUUUACAGCAAUAAUAUCAAGCUAUCAACAAUAUUAGCACAGAGGACAUCAUACAUACUACCAUCAAGAGAAAUUUUAUGGCAUAAAAGUUUGUAAAUUGGGUCAAACUCCAUUUAUGAACUGGUAAUGUUUUGAAAAGAAAAGAAAAACAGAGUGAGAAAGUUCGUGACAUUUGUCUGGCUUGAACAAUGACCAGUCACGUCGUGCUCAAAGAUGACAUAUUCAGGACGGUAGGAUAUUAUCAUUGCAAGAUCUAGAGAAAUAUUCUUGUUUUAGAGAUUCAUUGAAGAACUGUGAAAUUGUACACCAUUUUGGGCUCGUCCCUCUUGUCAGACUAGAACAGUGUUUUUGGUGUUAAGCAUCUCGUGAGAUGCACGAGCCACUUGCCGAAGUUCUCUUAGAAAAGCUUUGCACGGCUGUUCAAAAGGUUCAGGAAGAGUUUGCGUUAGGACAAGGAAUUAUUAAAAAUGGAGAGGCAGUCAAUCAACUCUGUCAAAGUGUUGAUGGCAUCUUUAGUCAUGGUCUAAAGGAAGGGAUUCUCAGCUGGGCUUCAGGUACAGAGACAACCUACUGGCCACUAGUUGUGAAAAUCACCUAUAAAGAAGUCAUUCAAGAUAUUGAAAGACGCACAUCACUCAAGAAUGACAGGGAAAGAUGUCAAGUGUGGCUACGUGUCGCUGCACAAGAAAAUUCUUUAGGAAGUUACCUCAAUAUUGUCACUCAAGAUGACAAAUUGCUCAGGGAGUUUUAUCAUCCUCAUGCAUUUGUUUUUGAUGAAGUAAAGGUUGACACAGCCAAAACAGUACUAUUGUAUGGUUUAUCCCAUCUAGACUUUAAUAUUUCUUUAGAUAUCCCUCAUCAAACACCCAUAAAGAAUGUCCAGAAACAAGAAUAUACAGCAUCUGUGGCAGCUCUGAUUCCAGACAAGUCUCUCACAACAAAUGGCUAUCACUCCUCCUACUCCUCACCUAUGACAUACCCUGAAAGCCUCUCGCAAUCGCCUCACAACAGCUUAACAAAGUCCAAGAAGAAAAAGAAGAAAAUUAAGUCAUCAGUAGCUGAGAUAGCUGACAGCUUAGAUGAAAGUGAUGGCAGCAGACUUACAUCAGUGGAGCGGUACAUGUCGUCAUCAAUGACUGACUCUAAAAAUGACCUUCAAAACGAUUCUCUUCAUGACGUAGAUACUAAUAUGGAGUCGCUCUCUAACAUUCGAUUAGCACGGACUGUUUCUGUUGGGUUUGAGGCCACGAAAAACAAAGAAACAUAUGAGACUAGGAAUAUAAAAAGUUCGAGCUCUCUAGAAGAUAUAAAUGACGUCAAAGAAAGCAAAGAUACAGAAAGCUUGCAAAAUGCGUUAGAUAAUUUAUGUUUAGAACCAGAUGGUGCGGCGUUAGGCGAUGUUCAGCAAAACAAAGGAAAACAAAGCAAACUUGAUAAUAUUUUAGAUGAGAAAGUCGUAAUAGGGAAAGAAAGUUAUUUGAACCAGGAAGAAUUGUCUGAAAAUAUAACAAACUUGGAAGAUAAAGAUUCUGCGGUAGAAAAUGAGACUCUCAACAAUUUAAGCGACUUUUCUGGGAAAACUGAGGAAUUGCAUGGAAAUAUGGUGACAGAAACGUCUGAUAACAGCACAAUAAAGAGUACUCGAAUUGAAGAAGAAAUAUUAUGCGAAAAAGAUGUUGAAGAUGUAUCAACACCUUGUGAUCAAUCUGUAGUAGAUGAAGAACAAAUGUCCGAAAUUUCAGAGAAAGGAAAAAACAAUCUUGAAACUGUAUUGGAGGAGAUAAAAGAUGAAGUUGAAUAUAAAGUAUCUUGUGCACGGUAUGAGUUUGGUACUCCUAUUGAAACAUCUUUUGACGAUGACACAGAGCAAAAUAAAAAUCAUCUUAGUCCAGAAGAGGACGAGGAUCUGAACUUUGUACCAGGAAUACAUAAAGUUGAUGACUGGCGCUCUCAAAGCAGUAGCAUUAAUAGUUUUACAGGUUCUGGUUCAUUUUCACAUACAAAACCGGUUGUAGAGAAAGUGCAAAGAACGUCGACUAUGGAUUCAAUUAAGUCUUCUUCGGUGAGUGGCAGCGUGCAGAAUGAUUUAUGGAGGUUUGUGGAUGAUGAGGUUGAGAGGAGAAAGGACUCCAGGGCUGAUGACAUGAGUGUUGCUACAGAAGACAGUUUCAGUGAUCUUGGAAUAUUUGAAGAACUUCUUGGAAUGGAAGAGGAUCACUUUUCUACUCCAGAUAAUUUUAUGGGUUUCUCGACAUCAGAAGAACUUGAACACGCUAUUCGUUCAUGUAAAGACAUGAUUAGAGCAGCUACACCUAACUCAAUGGAAAGGAGACAACUUGUAGAGAGAUUGAUCCAACUGAGAGUCAAGCUACAAGAAAACAAGGAAGAAUCGACGUUUGUCAAAAUACCUGACGCCAAGAAGAUCUUAGGCCAUCAGUUCGUCAAAGAACAAGGGGCUCGUACUACUGACAGUCGCCUGUGUGACCGCUGUGGUAAAUGGAUAUGGACCAUGUGGCAAUCGUUAUUUAUAUGUAAAGCUUGUUCAUUUUGUUCUCACCGUAAAUGUCUGGAGCUGAUCAGAAGACCGUGUGCCAGUCGUAAGGUGUCAGUCGCGACGUACAAUUUGAACAUUUCUCCUGAAGGCGGUCUAAACGCGCAACAGUACAAGUGUGUGGAAUGCCGUAAAAGAAUAUCAUUAAACA